GUUGAGCGGCCCAUUGUUCAGUGUGUUCUGUGGUGAGGCCAGAGGAGUGUUUUUCUUGACUGAAGUUCCUGUCGGUAGCUUAAACUCGUCUGAGGACAUUCCGGUCAUGCCUGCGUAGCAGCGUGUCUCUGCAGGUGACUGGGUGAACCGUGACACACAACGAGGAGGAAGAGGAAGCUCUACCACGGGAAGGGAAGUCAACCUCUCAGCUGUGACAUAUGAGCUUAGUGGCCCGUCCUAUAGGUUACCCUCCGACCGGCCCCGGGGUGAGAGGGAAAGCAGCCAUGGCCAAUGGGAAGUUCAUGUUUUCUGGAGUAGGAAAGAGGCCACAGACAGCGGUAAAGGGAGGGGCAGACUGGGAGAUUGUGAAGGUUCUGCCGGUGAAACCGUCCUGUGCAACAAGGGUGCAUAGCCUUCGUGGGAUGGGCUAGACGGGUAGGCUGCUUGGAUAACAUGAGGAUGAGGUAAUCUCCUCCAUACAAGAAAGAUGGAGGAUAACAACAUCUCUCCUGCUGCUAGAGGGAUGUUGACUUGACAAACCUGAUGAUAUUGCAGCGGACCAGAAGUCUGUGGUUGUUUACCACACAAAGGCCCCGCCCCUCGGUCUCCAGGUGUGUUUCUGGGUGUUUCCAUGCGGUCGGGACCCCGCCCAGAUACCUGUUCACCAAGAUAUUCCCUCGUCCAACCAGCUUCUCUCCUGCACCCUGCCUUAUGUUCAGCUAAGCUCAGUUCAUUUCACCGAAGCAGCGGAAGGUAGAGCAGCUAUUGGCGAGCAUUUGCCAUGACCGUGGACCUUUCCUGAGAGCUUCCUGAUUUGCUACAUUUUCUCGUCCAAUCGCAUCCAUGGACCCCCAGGUCUGCCCGCCUCCUCUGAACAGUAGCCAAUCGGUGAUCAGUGGUUUCGAGAAAUCACCAAUCAGCGGGUUCAAACCCAGCCACUCUCGUAACGGCAGCACCGGCUCCUCCAGACACACCAAGCAGACUCGUGACUGGGAGGUGUUGGAUGAUCUUCAGCAGACCACCAUGUCGGUGGCUGCUGGCUCCUCUCUGGACCUCAGCAUCCCUGGGAUCUGUGAGGGAUACCUGAUGAAGGGACGGAAGUACCCUCUGAAGGGCUGGCACAAGAGGUACUUCCUGUUGGAAAAAGGAAUCCUCAAGUAUGCCAAGACUCAUCAGGACAUCCAGAGAGGGAAGCUCCACGGUUCCCUGGACGUCAGCCGCGCCGUCCUGUCCGUCAACAAGAAGUCGAAACGCCUCGACCUGGACGCCGGCGACGACCUUUACCACAUGAAGGCCAAGAGCCACGAGCUCUUCUACAUCUGGCUGACUAAGCUGUGCGCUCACCGCAUCUUCAAGAAGAACGAGGCCAUGAGCGUCCACCGCGGGGUCCUGCACGCCCUCUCCCAAGGCCAGGGGAACCUGCCCUCCAUGGCCAGCCUGGCUCACAGGAACGCGCUGUACCCCAGCUCCGUGUCGGCCUACCAGGCCGCCCCGGGGGAGGACGGGACCCCCGGGGACCGAGGGACCCCUACUGUGCCCUCCCACCGCGGGGUCAACCACAAGGUCUCGGCCUGGCUCCAGCAGACCGACGACACGGACGCCACCUCCCAGGAGCUGGCGCGGUGCCAGCUGGAGCUGGUGGAGAUGGAGGCUUUGGUCCAGCGACUUCAUUGGCUGGAGGGAGGCCCUAACCCUAACCCAAUCACAGACACUGACCUGGAGCAGCGAAUAAGCAUGCAGAACCUAUCCCUGGAGAAACCCAAGAAGAAGACGGGCAAGGUGUUCGGCCACUCCAGGACCCUGUCCCGCGUGGAGGCCAUGGGCGGCAUGUUCACCUCCAGCCACCUGAGCAGCAACAACUCGGUCAGCCAGCGCCACCUUGGGGCGUCACUGCAGUCCAUCCCCGACUACGUGUACACCCAGCUGUCCAACCCCCAGGUCACCUCCCCCGAGGCUAAGAAGAUCCAGCAGGACAUCUGCGUGGCGUCCCAACGAGUGCAUGCGUCUCUGAAGUCGGUCCAUGAGGUGUUGACGUUGGAGAGGGAGAGACUUAGAAAUGCCUGGAACGCCCCCGACCUCAAACAAAACACUAGCCACCAGCUAGCCACCCUUUGUAGCACGCUGUCGGAGCUCGAUGUGCAGUCUCGCUUGACCAAAGUUCACUCGCUCUCGCUCUCGCUCUCCUCCUCCGAUUCCACCGAGGAGUCCUUCUGCACCGUCCGGCCCGACCAGCGGACCCCGUCCCGUCGGCGCCCCCCCUCGGUGGCGGACUCCAUGGCGGAGUACUUCGACGCCAGCGAGGUCAUCCUGUGCGACAGCUCGUCGGAGGCGGAGGCGUCGGACGAGUCGGGGCUGAGCGACAUCACCACCACCAGCACCUCGGAGCCCGACGAGGGCCACGCCUCCGCCACGGUGAAGUACCGCGCCAGCGUCUCCAGCGCGCCGGACAAGCCCCGCCUCCUCACCGACAGCGGACGCCGUAAGAUCCUUCCCGCCUCCUGCACUGACAACGGCCACAUCGGCAUCAUGACCAUCCUAUACAACAACAUCGGGAAGGACCUGUCCCGCGUGUCGAUGCCGGCGGCGCUCAACGAGCCGCUCAGCCUCCUACAGCGGCUCAGCGAGGAGCUGGAGUAUAGCGCGCUGCUGGACACGGCCAACAGCACCGACGACCCCUACCAGCGCAUGGUGUACCUGGCAACGUUCUCCAUCUCCGGCUACGCCUGGGCCUCCUGGAGGAGCCGCUACAAGCCCUUCAACCCUGUCCUGGGGGAGACGUACGAGAACAACCGGCCAGACCGCGGCUUCAGAUAUGUCGGCGAGCAGGUCAGUCAUCACCCUCCAGUCUCCGCCUGCCACGCCGACUCUGAGAACUUCUCCUUCUGGCAAGAUCAGAGAUGGAAGUACAAGUUCUGGGGGAAGUCUGCUGAGAUCAUCUCCUCAGGCCAGGUCAACGUGUCUCUGCCCAGGUACGGGGACCACUAUGAGUGGAACAAGGCAGUGACCUGUAUCCACAACGUGCUGAGCCCCCAGCGCUGGCUGGAGCACUACGGAGACGUGGUGAUCAAGAACACCCAGAGCGACGUCUGCACCUGCAAGAUCACCUUCGUCAAGUCGCGCUACUGGAGCUCCGACAGCAGUAAGAACGAGGUGCAGGGAGUGGUGCUGGACCGCGCCGGGGAGGUGGUGCAUCGCUUCGGGGGUCUCUGGCACGAGGGCAUCUUCUGCGACACCUUCCCCACCCCACAAUGCAUCUGGAAGCCCACCGUGCAGCUAGACGACCACGUCAAGUUUUACGGGUUCUCGCAAUACGCCCGCGAGCUCAACGAGUUGACCCCCGACCUGGAAGGGCUCCUGCCCCCCACGGACUCCCGCUACCGACCCGACCAGCGGCUGCUGGAGGAGGGCGACGUGGCGGCGGUGGACGUGCGUAAGGACGAGGUGGAGGAGAAGCAGCGUGAGCGCAGGAAGGAGCUGGUGAAGCAGGGGGAGGAGCACAUGCCGCGCUUCUUCAGGCGGACGGUAGACGAGGCCGGGCGCGAGGUGUGGAUUCACAACGGAACCUACUGGAACCUCCGCAGCAAGCCGGGCUUCGCCAACACGCCCAACCCGGACCUCUGGUAGAACCCGGAGAACGGUGGCAGGCUUCCCCAGGGCGGUCGCGGGGUCCAUUUUGUAUAAAUGGGGUUUUACUAGAGACUCCCUCAGACCACUGCCAGGGGUCGUAGGUCAGACUCCAGCCCGGAGGUCUGAGCAGAGGUGUGUUCCACACCAUGAACUCUGAGCUCCACCCGAAGGAGUGUGGUGUUCAGGUGUUUCCUCGGCGUGAUAACGUGUAUCUUAUCUUUCGUCUCAAAUGUAUUUCUAGUGUUUCUGGGUAGAGCGGGACGGGGUCUAUCUGAGGGACUGUACAAUAGGGUUUCGUGGGUGCUGUCCUGCAGGGUUUGGUGGGUCUUGCGGUGUGUUUGAGGCCCUAGGGUGAGGGGGGUUCCAGGGGGGAGGAGGUGAUGGGUCCAUGACGACCUCCUGUUGGGGUCCGAGUAGUCUGGAUGCCCCCCUGCUGGGAGCCCGGGGUCUACUCAUGUUUCAUAAUGAAAAGAGACUCUAGGAUGUACUGUAAUGUCGUGUUUUCAAAUAAACUGAGAAAUCUACACUCUGCUUCUUUACCCUGUGUCAGGAUGGACAGUGGUACUACACUUGUGCAGUGAUACUACAGUGAUUGUACACUAGUGCAGUGGAAGAACCUUAUGCCCCUUUUCCACCGGCGGGUACGCUUCGGACCCAGCACGCCUCAGCCCAGUAGUGAGGGCGCGGUAAAGCCCAGCUCAGUUACGGCUCGCAUUUCCACCGCCGACAGUACCCUUAUGGUAGGCGGGGUAUCGGCGAUGACGAUAGCCGCGGCAGUUAUGCAAGCGUCGUGACCUCAUGGCAGCCCGACACAGUGUAGCCUGCUAAUCAAUCCAAGGAAAAAGAAUGUGUCACAAUAAAAGAGCCUCAAUGUAGGACGUCAGACUUUUCUUCAAUAAACGAAGCUUUCGCUCUUGUACAGAAAUACCUCACGGGUACUGCGUUGUUUUUUUCAUUAUACCCCUUUCGCAACUGGAACUGACGAUUCUGUCGACCAGUCAACGGACGGCGUGUGUAGUUCGAACUUGCCGGCACCCUUUCAGACGCCUCAAUACCCCAACUGACGAGUACGGCGAGACGAGUACGGCUCGGUCCGUACUUAUGGCGGUGGAAGAGAGACCCGUGCCUAUUGCAGACUGGUGGAAAUGCGCCAAUAGUGCAGUGGACCACCAGCCACCAGGUCAUGUAUCAUCGUCUACAAACUAACAAUAAUCCCGAUUGAAAGCCACCUUGGUGACCUUAACUGGGCUCCUCCAAACCAGGAGGCGGGCCGUGGGCUCCAAGCUGCCAGGCAGAGUAAGGUCUCGCUGCAGCCUGUAGGACAUGGACAUCCAACGUCCAAGUGCUGUCACGUGACGACAAGAUGGCGGACGCGGUGAGACUCCUUAGCUGUGUCCCUAUUCCUCUACGAAUAGUCAAAUCUCCUAUCCUUUGCUUAGCCUUUGUGGAAAACGUCAUCAGGUCAAGGAGAGAUGAAAAUGUGCUUCCUUUCGAACAUAGGAAAAGACAGCGCUGUUUAAAAUGAAUUAGACUCCACUUUUCCUAACCGAAGUCAUUACGCGACGGGGAGUAUUGCUGACCUCUAGCGUUUCUAUGGUGGAACUACAGUUUUCCGAAGUUGGUCUACAGGGGUUCUCAACGUUUUGACAGCUGAGGGCCAAUUUAGGAACCCAAAAUUUGACUCAGGCCCGCCAUAGGAAAAAAAUGUAGGCUGGUAACGCCGUCAGCAUCCCAGUGGUGAAAAAAAACAUUGCACCGUGGACCUCUGGGAGUGAGGUCAAGUGAGGUCUAAAUCACAAAACUGAGGUUCAUCCUUUCAAAGUAAUGUACAGUCGGAUUAAAACUAACAUAACAGGAUUGAAUUGAAAGCUAGAGAGAGUCGACUUUUCUCUUUCAAUGUAUUUAUUUUUGUUUAAAUUAAUAUUGAUAUAAUAAAAAAAAAACAUACUGGCAGUGGCAAUGAUGGAAAAGUAUAACAAAAUGGGGAACGACUUCACGUGACAAAUGAAGAAA